AUGCAUUCACCAUUUUGGUCUUAUCCACCUUCACCAUUUUAUUCAACAACAACAACAACAACUACUACUCCAUCAAACUUUUAUUCAUAUCCUUAUAUUCAAUCACCGUAUAAUCCACAUAUGAUGAUGAAUUCAUCAAUGCAAACAAGUUUAAAUUCAUCAUCGGGAUAUGAAAGUGCAACCAAUGAGACAAGUUUAGUUGAUCCAAGUUUUUCAAAUCCAUCAUUUGUUAUGAAGGAAUCAAAUUCAUAUGCUAUGUAUAAAGAGUCCGAUCAAAUUGAUGAUGAAGAAAGUGAAAAUAGUAUGUCGACAACAAUGGAUGAGAAGAAUUAUUUCAGUCGAAAGAAACGUCGUGUACUCUCACGUCCACAACGACAAGAAGCAAAUCGACGUGAACGUCAUCGUAUGGAAAUAAUAAAUCAAGCUUAUGAAGAUUUAAGAAAUGUACUUCCAUUUAAAAAAGGCCGAAAACGUCAAAAAAUGUCUCGUAUGGAUACAGUUGAUGGUGCUAUUCAAUAUAUUCAUUCACUUCUUGAAACACUUCAUGGACCAAAUUAUGACCCUGAUUGGGCUAAGUGA